CGGCGGGGGAUGGACAGCCAGCGCUGCUUCGCCAACCGCUUCGAUGACUACCCGGGCAGCCCCGCGGCGGCGCCGGACAGGGACGCGGCGGUGCCGCUGGUGACGGCCACCAUCGAGCGCAUCCUGCGGGAGCUGCCGCCCCUGGGCGGCCCCCGCGGGUGCCCGGGCGGGCUGUACGGCGGCGUGGCCGGCGUGGCCUACAUGCUGUACCACGUCGCGCAGUGCCCGCUGUUCGCGCCGUCGCGGGACUCGUACCUGCGGGCCGCCCGCCGCGUCGUGGACGCCUGUCUCCGCUACCAGGAGAGCUGCGGCGAGGCCGACGCCGACACCCGCGCCGCCUUCCUGCUGGGCGGYGCCGGGGUGUACGCGGUGGCCGCGCUGGUCUACCGCGCCCUGGGGCUGCCCGAAUUCGCCCGGCCGCUGGGCAAGUUCAGGGAGCUGAGCGAGGUUUGCGCGCCGCUCUCCUUCCUCGAGUGCGGCUCCGACGAGCUGUUCGUGGGCCGCGCCGGCUACCUGUGCGCCGCGCUGGUGCUGAAGCAGCGGCUGGGCAUGGAGGUGCUGACCUCAGCACAAAUUAAAUCGAUUUGCCUGGCCAUACUAGAAUCAGGAAAACAGUAUGCAGUGAAGAAGAGGAAACCGGUCCCACUCAUGUAUUCCUACUAUGGAACAGAGUAUCUUGGUGCAGCACAUGGGCUUUCAUCAAUCCUGCAGAUGUUGCUCUCCUACUAUGAGUACCUGCAGCCAGCAGAUCAGGAGCUGGUGUGGCAGAGUGUGGAUUUCCUGAUGGACCAAGAACAGAACAGCAACUGGCCCCCUGAGCUGGGGGAGACWAUCGAGAGGGAGAACGAGCUGGUUCACUGGUGUCAUGGAGCUCCAGGCAUUGCAUACCUGUUUGCCAAAGCUUACCUGGUUUCCAAGAAGCCUCAAUACCUGGACACUUGUAUCCGCUGUGGAGAGCUCACUUGGCAGAAAGGCCUGCUGAAGAAGGGCCCUGGAAUAUGCCACGGGGUGGCUGGUAGUGCUUAUGUGUUCCUGCUGCUCUAUAGGCUCACUGGAAACUCAAAAUACAUAUACAGGGCACAAAGGUUUGCAGAGUUCUUAUUUACAGAAGAAUUUAAGUCUGGUUCCCGGGCACUAGAAAGUGUGUAUAGUCUGUAUGAAGGUUUUUCAGGAACUGUGUGUUUCCUGACUGACUUGCUGCAACCCAACCAAGCUGAGUUUCCUCUCUUCAGUGUCUUUGUCUAAAGACUGACGUUCUCCAGGGCCACAUCCCCGUGGUGAUGGGAGAGGGCACCUGCAGUUUCACUCAUUUGUCAAGACAGGCUAUUUACAAAACAAGCCAGGGGUACCACUAAUGCUAGCCUUAAUGUAGCUGGGAGUCAGAUCAAAAAGAAAAUACA